UUCUGCCGCGCGCAGACUACUUGGGAGUGUGUCGAAUCCGUUGCGUUACAUCUUUCUUGCGAACUAUCAAAACACAAACAAAAAUCGGAUACGUUACUUAUUUAAAUGUUAAAUAAUGCUUGUAGGCUGGACCGGUGCUUUUGUUUAUUUUUAACAAAACAGCAUGAGCGAAGGAAAAAUUACGUAUCGUCAAGUGUGGCGACACUUUUAAAGGCGGUUCGCUGGAUUAAGGAGGGGAUUUACAGCAACUUUUCAUUUUUUCUGGAUUUGUUUAAUGUUUUUUUUCGUAAAGAAGAGAUUCUUUUUUUAUUUGCAUCGGCUAUUGCCCGGGUGCUUUCACACCGGGCUGCCGCUGUUGAGCUCCGGCUAGCUAGCGGUUAGCUAGCUGGCUCUUGGAUCUAAUAAUCAUAAUAAGGCCUGCUCGUCGGAAAGGAGAAGGGGGACAAUGCUCGACAUAAUGUCUGACCACCAAGAUUCGCUUCUGACGUGCAAAACUGAACCUUUGCCCCCAGAGAGGAAGAGAAGGACGGUGGAGGACUUCAAUAAAUUUUGCAGCUUUGUCCUUGCCUAUGCUGGCUACAUCCCCAGUCCCAAAGAGGAAAGCUCAUGGUCACCAACGUCAAGCUCCGCCCACAGCUCAGGGCCGUCAGUGGAUGGCGGUGGCAGCAGUGGCUCGAUGAGUGCAACUUGGGCAGAUGGCGGCUCCUCGGACCUUCACACCAUCCACACAUUUGUGCGCAAGGCCCGCGCUAACAAGGGCAAAAGCCGCAUGCCCCCUGACAGCACCUUGCUGGACAAAAUGCGCCUCAAAGACACGCUAUACGACAGCGCUAGCCACGCCAAAGCCGAGCGCAGGAAGGACAAAAAGCCCAAAAAGUUAUUCGGCUUGCCAUCUUCGGCGGACAGUGGUAGCAGCGAAGGCGAGAAACGGCCGCGCAUCAAACGCUGCAAGAACAGCAAGCAACCCAAACCCAAGAGGUUCAAGAGCACCAUGAUGCAAGACAACAGUGACCCAGAGGAGCAGUGUGAGGGUGGACCAACCGAGCACGGGGAUCCCAGUCCAAGCCUGCAUGGCGCCGCCGGCAAGAUGACGCACUCUGACGAGACCAUGAGGGACGCCGAGAUGAGUUCCAGCGAGGGCGAGACGUGGAUCGCAGACGAAGACAUCAUGGUAGAGUCUGGGGACGACUCGUGGGACCUGAUCACGUGCUACUGCGGGAAGCCGUUUGCUGGGCGGCCGAUGAUCGAGUGCAACCAGUGCGGUAUCUGGGUGCACUUGUCCUGCGCCAAAAUCAAGAAGUCCAAUGUCCCCGACAUCUUUUACUGCCACAAGUGCAGGGACUUGAGGCGGUCGGGGCACAAAAAAGACACUUAGAAACAAACUUUAGGGGGCGGAGGGGCAUGGUUGGUGGUCAGGGAUUGGUUGUUAAGCCAGCCCCUUUUGCUUUUGUUGCCUAAAACAGCCAAAAACAGCCUAACCCGUCACUGCAUUUGUCUUUCUUUUUGGACAAUCAACAGUUGUUGUUUUUAUUUUCUUUGGACAAGUUUUUUUGCGUUCAUGACAAAAAUAGUUGGUCUUAAGGGCGAGCAGUGUUUGCUUCCAGGAAUAAUAUUUGUCUAAAAGGCAGCUUGUGUUUUUUUAGUUGUCAGUGUUAGUCACUGAUGAGAUUUAAUCCUGAUUUCAGACAAUGGGCUUUUUUUGUUGUUGUGCAUCAAUUUUAAACGUUGGUGUCCCCGGUAAGGAACCCUUGCGGUGGGCGACCCGACUUCGAUUAUGAGCUAUUUUUGUUGUGCAUCAAUUUCAAAAUUAAGUAUUGCACUUUUUACUUAUCUGUUCUUGACCGAGCGCUUACACUCCCGAACGAGCUUGUAUGUAACAAGCAAAUGUUUUAUUUUAGUUUGCAUCACAAGGCUUCUUUUCCGUUGGCACUCUUUAAAAGGCGAGUCAACUCCCGCUUUAAGACAAUUGUAAAAGUGUACAGAGAGUAAGUUGACGCCAUGGACGGUAUUUUGGCUGUUUUUCGUUUAAUUUCUUCGUUUUCGGGGAUCGGUGAGUGGCACUUUUUUGUGCUAACUCUCUUUCUCAAUCGUUGUGUUGUACAUAUUGCAUUCUUUGACAAAUGUACAUAUGUGAAAGUUCAAGAGAGGGAAAAAAACUAGCCAUGCAAAAAAGACUAUAUUUUCCGCAGUUAUGCAUUUUUUUUUUCUUUAAUCGUAGUUUGGAAAAUAAAAUUCUUCUUUGGGAAAUUAUGUUUUGGGUACCUCUUUAUUCGGCGGCGGUUCUCUCAGGUGGCGGGAAGUCUGCGAUGUGGGAGUCGGAGACCCACGGGGGACACCAGCAGUGGUUGCAGGUGACAAACUACACACUAGCAUACAUGCAUGGUCUGUUUUUUGCAUCUGUAUUCAUCUUAUGGGACUUUUAAAUCAUCAUCAUUGUUUGAAUUAUUAUUUCUACUUGUGUCCUUGCUAAUAUAGUCAUUUAUAUUAGUAUUAACACUGUCACAGUUUAAAGUUGUUAAUUUCCACGCAUUAGCAGGAGACCAUGCAGUGGCCACUGCUGCAAUUUGUCUGUCUCGCAGUCUUCUCCCCCCCAAAUCCAUCUCCAGGUUCUAAACCACAUUCUAUGACCAGAUAUUCCUGCAUCGGAAGAAUCUUUGACAAAAUCAGCUCCACCCAAAUGGCUUUUCCAAUAAGAUCCAACAAUUAGACGAGUGCUACUCCUGCAUCCGAUGCCAAUGGCCAAUCGAGCACGACACAAGCAGACGAUGAAAUGGAUGCUCUCAACAUCUGUUGCUGGGUGAUAUGUGAUCGUUGCUAUUUGUAG